GUUUCAGUUUAGCAUCCCCUUGUCUUCAGUACCAGCAGCAGCUUUGUUCCAUAAUCAAUGUGACAUUUUGGAAUGCCUCAGCAACUGUCGAAAUGAUCCGAACUAGUGGAAAACAUUAUUUCUACAUUGGUCUGAUAUUGGCAAUGAGCUCCAGCCUUUUCAUUGGUGGGAGUUUCAUCCUGAAGAAGAAAGGACUCCUUCGACUAGCCAGAAAAGGUUCCAUGAGAGCAGGUCAAGGUGGCCAUGCGUACCUGAAAGAAUGGCUGUGGUGGGCUGGACUGCUGUCUAUGGGAGCUGGAGAAAUUGCAAACUUUGCUGCCUAUGCAUUUGCACCAGCUACGCUGGUGACUCCAUUAGGAGCGCUCAGUGUUCUUGUAAGUGCCAUUCUUUCAUCAUACUUUUUAAAUGAAAAACUUAAUCUACAUGGGAAAAUUGGAUGUUUGCUAAGUAUUACGGGUUCCACUGUAAUGGUUAUUCAUGCACCCCAAGAAGAGGAAGUAGAAACCUUGAAUGAAAUAUCUCAUAAGCUAGGUGAUCCAGGUUUUAUGGUCUUUGCAACUCUGAUAGUCAUUGUGUCCUUGAUACUGAUAUUUGUGGUGGGACCACGGCAUGGGCAAAGCAACAUUCUUGUGUACAUAACAAUCUGCUCGGUCAUUGGAGCUUUAUCCGUCUCCUGUGUAAAAGGUUUGGGCAUUGUGAUAAAAGAACUUUUUGCUGGAAAACCUGUGCUGAAACAUCCUUUGGCCUGGAUUCUGCUGCUAAGCCUUAUUGUCUGCGUUAGCACACAAAUCAACUAUUUAAAUCGGGCCCUGGAUAUAUUCAACACUUCUAUUGUGACACCAAUCUAUUAUGUAUUCUUCACAACAUCUGUUUUAACUUGUUCUGCUAUUCUAUUUAAGGAGUGGCAACACAUGGCGGCUGAUGACAUUAUUGGCACGUUUAGUGGCUUUCUCACUAUAAUAGUGGGGAUAUUUCUAUUGCAUGCUUUUAAGGAUGCCAGCUUCAGUCUAGCAAAUUUGCCCGUCUCCCUGCAUAAAAAUGAUAAGGGAAUGAACGGCUCUCUGCCAGACCCAUAUGAACGCUUUAAUCACGAUGAAGAGACUUCAACUCAUGUAGGUGAUCUUCAGUCCACAGAAGGAAUGUCCUCUAGGAGAAAUGGAAACCUGACACCAUGUUAAAAAGAAAUUCUGUAACUGUGUUUCAUUGUGAAAAGUUCAUUUUAAGCGCUUGUCAUAAAAAAAUGUAUUUAAACAGUAUGUGUAGACAAU